CGGACGUUACUUUUACUUAUCAAAAUGAGUACCUGGGCUGUACAGAUCGUUUGGUGAUCACGCCGUUAACAGAUCGAUGCUACAUCACGCUUGCCCAGGCGCUUACCCUGAGCAUGGGCGGGGCGCCAUGUGGACCGGCGGGUACGGGCAAAACGGAGACUGUUAAGGACAUGGGCAAGACGCUGGCUAAAUACGUGGUUGUAUUUAAUUGCUCCGACCAAAUGGAUUACAGAGGCUUGGGCCGUAUUUACAAGGGUUUAUCACAGUCCGGCACCUGGGGCUGUUUCGACGAAUUCAACCGCAUCGAACUUCCGGUGUUGUCGGUGGCGGCGCAACAAGUUGCCGUUGUACUGACAGCCAAGAAGGAGAAAAAGAAAACAUUUAUCUUCACCGAUGGCGAUACGAUUGAGAUGAAUCCUGAAUUUGGCAUUUUUAUAACAAUG